AAAACUUCAAUGUGAUGCGUUGUUGUCGGAUUUUUGGUUAUUUCUUGGUUACGUUUUUGUGUUUUGGUUGUGUCAAAAAUUAAUAAAUAUCGGCUUUGCAGUCUGGAAAAGCAGAGAUGGAAGACUCAAAAGAUGUGGACAUGAGUUCUUCCUCUUCGGAAGAUGGGGACAAUGAGUCCAAUCAAUGGUUUGAUCCCAACUCCUUCUCCUGUACAGCCGAUGGACGCUAUCAUCCUGAUUUGACCUACAUGAGCCAGGAGGAUAUUGAGAAAUAUUCACAGCUAAUGGGGAUGUUUAUGGAGGCCAAAAACCCAGAGGAGCACAUUGUAUGGGAGAAGAAAGACUACUCUUGCCUCAUGGACUUGGCAUUCUACAUGGAUAACUUGGAAAUGAUCAGGAAGUGCUGUCGAACGGCUAUGAAAAAUUUCGGCUACGAAGAGAUGAAGCUCCUGGUGUGGCUCUAUCGAGAACUCUGGGAGUGGGAGACAACAAAGGACGAUACAAUACUCGAGAGUAUUUAUGACAUAUUCCGGGAGGCUCUAUCUCAAAAAUAUUCCUCAAUUGUUGUCUACAAAUUCAUUCACUUUGCUCCCUAUUCGGCGCACAAGGAAGAGAUUUGGGGACAAAUUUUGGACGUCUACCUGUAUGAUUUUACAGCUACGGCAAAGUACUUGAGCUUCUGGAAGGAUUUCUUCAUGGAAGAUCCCCCGGAUAGUGAGGAGCAAUACUUGAAAAUUGUAAAAGUCUACCGAACAGCUCUGUCCAUUCCACACAUUGACAGUGAUCAGACAUUGCGGGAUUUUCAGGAGCUCUGUCGGGAAUCUCCACAUGAUUGCAAAGUCGAUUGGGAUGAAAUCGCUGAGAUACACAAAGGAGCAAAUGAGAAACUUGAAUCAAUCCUUCAGUACGAAAGCGAUAUUGUCUCAUCGUCAAAUCAGGAAAAGCCACACUUGUUCCGGAAGUACUUGGAAGCUCCGGAAACUUUUGUAUUUCCCCGGAAAUGGAUUCAAUUUAUCUACGAACGAAUGGUUGGGGAGUGCUCUGCCACACCUGGGUGCUGGAUCGCCUACGUUCGCUUCCGCCAAGGCGUUCAGGUAGAUGUUGAUGAUUCAUCCGGAUGGUUCUUCAAUCAAAAUCCCCUGGAUAUUGUCAAUCGCGCACUUGUUUUUGGCAAGCCCAGUGAGAAGCUGUACUCGCUGAAAAUGGAACUGCUGGAAAAUGACAAUUUCUCCGCAACAUCCCUCCUCAGUGUUAUGGAAUCCGCUCUACGGGCUGAUUUUUCAUCUCCAGAUCCCAUCACAAAUCUCUGGAUAGAAUAUUUGACGAUUCUACGGCGUCAUGCAGAUUUGCAAACGGAAGAGGGUCGAGAUGUGUUAAGGAGGAAUUUUGAGAAUGCCUGGGAAUCCCUCAGUAAGCAAUGGGGGAAUCUUGCCGAUCAAAAUGGAGAGAUCCUCAAGCUCUGGGGUACACUUGAGUACACCGAUCUGGGAGAUGCUGCAAAAGGGAAGGCUCUGUGGAAUGAUGUAAUGUCUUUUGGGGAGAAUUCAAUGAGAUCUGUGACAUGGCUUGAAUUCAUCCAUCAGGAGGGACAAAAGAAUCCCGCAGGAGCCCGGAAGCUCUUCAAGAAAGCCAUCAAAAUGCCCGAACUUACAGAUCCGGAAAUUCUUGCUGCAGCAUGGGUGAGAUUUGAGAGAAUACACGGAUCUCGUGAGAAUCUCCAGUAUUGCCAGACGCUUUGUGAGGAAAUCCUUGAGAAUUACAGAAAGCAGGUGGAACAGGAAAAUCGAAAGGCUGCCUCCAUGGAGAAGAAAAAUUCAUUCAAGAGAGACGUGAAGAAUCCAAAAAAUCUCAAGAGGAAGUCUCGAGAGGGAGCUGCUGCGACAAAGGACUCAACCCCACAGAAGAUGCAGAAAUUGGAAAAACUAGAGAAACCACCGGAAAAUGAUCAAGAAAUUCCCACAUCCUCCUCGUCAUCGUCCAAAAGGGAUCCCGCAAAAGACAAUGUAACAAUCUUUGUCAGCAAUUUGGACUACAGUGCUACGGAGGAGGAGAUCAGAGGAGCAUUCCCAGACAUGAACAUUGUGAAUUUCGACAUGGUAAAGAGUGCAAAUGGGAAGAAUCGCGGCUUCUGUUACAUCGAAUUGGAAUCAGAGGAAAAAGUUAAGGAAGCCCUUCAGUUGGAUCGAGUACCCAUUAAUGGGCGUCCAAUGUACAUUUCUGAGUGUGCCAGGGAGAAAACACAGAGAGAAAAGAUUUUCAAGUACUCCGAAGAGAUGGAACCAACAAAGCUUUUUGUAAAAGGAUGCGGUGGGGCGACAAAGGAGGAUUUGGAGGAGAUCUUCAAGCCCUACGGGGAGAUUGUAGACAUCCGAGUUGUCUUCCACAAGAAUGGUAAUCCAAAGGGAAUUGCUUACGUGGAAUUUAAGGAAGUAACUGCAGCCCGUACAGCCCUCCUCAAUGUGGAUCAGUAUAAGAUGGGCAAGAAUGUACUGAGAGUUGCCAUUUCUGCUCCACCUCAGCGUGGGCCUAUCAACAAGGGGACAGCCAAAAUUGAGAGUCUCGGUGCUGCCAAACGACUUAUUCCUGGUGAGAUGCGCCCCCGGAUGGCCUUUAUUCCGCGAUCGGUGCAGCAGAAGAGUGUUGUAAACAAUGGUCAAUAAAUUAUUUUGAGAUUUAUUGACGAAAAAUCCUAUAUUUUCACACACAAAAUAAGAAAAUUAAAUCGAAAAUCAAAAACAAA